AUGAAUUCCAAAAAAUAGAUGAAAUAAGUAGGUUAAUACAUAAUCUAUUUAGAAAAGAAACUAGGUGAAGGACAAUACGGUAAAGUAUAUGCCGCCUCUGAUUUAAAAGACGAAACUAAGCAAUAUGCCGUAAAAGUGAUUCCAUCUACAAUAUUUUAAUCAAACAUUGUAAAUUCAUAAAUGUUAUAAAAGGAAAUAGAAGUAUUAAAAAAGCUUAAGCAUCCUAACAUUGCAUGUUUAAUUGAAAUUUCAUAAUCUACAAAUAAUUUAUAUCUUUUUCUUGAUUAUUGUAACGGAGGUGAUUUAAAUGAAUACAUAUUGUCUAAAGAACUCUAAAGACUCUCAGAAAGUGAAUCCAUGGAAUUUUUCUAAUAAAUAGUUAAUGGAUAUUAAUUCUUAUAUUCUUAAAAAAUAAUACAUAGGGAUUUAAAACCUGAAAACUUAAUGUUACAUAAUGGUAAAAUAAAAAUUGGCGAUUUCGGUUUUGGAAGAUUUAUAGAAGGAGAAAUGGAUAGUGAAUAAAGAAUGUCAAUAAAAUGUACUCCAAUAUAUGCUUCGCCUUAAUUAUUAAAUAAACAGAGUUAUAGUUCUAAAUGUGAUAUAUGGAGUACUGGUUGUAUUCUUUAUAAAAUGUUAUAUGGAUAAUAUCCUUUUAUAGCCAGAGAUUUGCCUUCUCUAAUUUCAAUAAUUAAAUAAAAAGUAGUCCGCGAGGAAUUUUAAUUUCCUCUAGAACCUUAAAUAAGCGAAGAAGUUAAAAAUGUAAUAGUAAGAAUGCUUAAAUACGAAGAAUAAGACCGUAUUUCCUGGGAUGAAAUAUUCAAGCAUCCUAUAUUACAAAAGAAAUACAAUAUACUAAGCACAUAAGAAAUCCUAGAGGAAAACGACAAAAACAACCCAAUAUUUUAAAGUAUAAUAUAAAACCGAUAACAUGUAAUGGACAACGUAGUAACUGAUUAUGCUAAAAAUUUCUUAAAACAGCCAAAUUAAGAAAUGUAGAAAUAUUUCCAAAAGCCAGCCCCUUUAUAAGAAGAGGAAAAUAAAAAAAACACUCCCAAAAACUAUUUAACUUAGGACAAAAAUUUGUUCCCAAUAAGUAGUCCUCGUCCUAAAGCGGAAACUUUCGAGGAACAUUCGGAAGACAUGUAAUUUAGAUAAAGUCUAUAAAAAUUCCAAUAGGUAGAUUUAGAUAAUUAAAAAAUAACUAGAGUUGAUAAAAUGAUACUUUUUUUAAGAAAUUAAGCCCUUUUUGCAGACGUUACAAUGCAAUUAAUUUUCGUUUCCAGAAAUAAAUUCGGACUCCCCAAUUUGCUUUUUUAUGAAAUUAUAUAUUGUCUAACAGGCUAUUAUUCCUUUAAUUUAGAUUUAUUAAAAAUGAUGCUUUAAUAAAAAGUGCCUGUAAGGAUAGUCAAAUAAGAUGAUUUUGAUAUAUAUGUAAAAAGUACAUAAUUUUCAAAAACUAAAUAAAAAAUAGAAAAAGACGCCUAAACCGCAAAUGACUUCUUCUCUACUUUAUCGAAAGGAAUUCUUAAAGAAAUACAAAAGCUUGGACAAGCAGAUGUAUAGAAUUAAGACUUGAGAGAUUUCGAAAACUUCAUUAAAAAUUAAACUGCUAAUUAUAAUGAAUAUAAACUAAGAGUUUAAAAUAAAAUAAAAUAGUUUUUCCUUUAUGUUAGUCCUGCACUUUUUAAAAAUGAUAUAAAUUCAUUAAAAGGCAUUAGAGGUCUUUAAAUUUUCUUUAAAUUGGAUUAAUAUAUGCCUAUAUAGAAUUUCUAUAAAUUUGAUUUCAGAUAAUUUUAUGAUGUCGAAAUGAAUAAUUUAACUUCUGAUCAAUUGUAUUAAAAAAUACUAACGGAGUGUAUCUUUUGAAACAUAAUACAUAUUUUAUAAUUCGUCUU